AUGGAUGCGGAGAUCCCUGUCUUUGGUUAUGUUCGAGAGCCACUAAUUGACAACGGCGCAGGAGAUAAGGGCUUGCCCAAUCAGGACGGUGUUACCGCUGUCCUAAACGAAAUCCCGAAACAAUUACAUGGCUCCAAAGACUGCUACGCACAUUAUGUCCCAUCUCAAAGCAACCCGCCACGGCUUCGUGAGCAAGUUCAGGAAGUAAGCUCAGUGGGCAAACUUGUGAAGCAGGUGAGUUCUAUCGGUCAAGCUCCGCCAAGCUCAGACCAAGCUCAGGUCAAGCUCAGUCGAGCCCCGUCGAGCUCAGUCGAGCUCAGUCGAGCUCAGUCAAGCUCAGUCAAGCUCCGUCGAGCUCAGUCAAGCUCCGUCAAGCUCCUCAGCUAA